UGUGUUUAUUAGUGAUAUUCCCCCAACCGACUCUCACUGUCUUGAGUCGCAGCAGAUCCUCAAACAGAAUCUCACAAAACCGAGUGAAGAAGAGAGAUCGAAUGGCGGUGCCGGCGAGUUUCGAAGAGAAGGAUUUUCUAUCAUGCUGCGGAAGCACCACAUUCGCCAAACACAUGGUUACCGCCUCUCCCUUCUCCUCACUGGAGCACGCAAUUUCUGUUGCCAGAGACGUUUGGUUCAACACCGUUGAUGUUAACGGUUGGCUUCAAGCUUUCUCUGCUCACCCUCAGAUCGGUCAACAACACGCUCCCUCUCAUGCCUCUCAAACCAGUGCUCAGUGGAGUAAAGGAGAACAAUCAACUGCUCUUGCAACUGCUACUGGUUCUAGCUUACAGGAACUAUCUGAAUGGAAUGUUCGGUACUGGGAAAAGUUUGGGUUUGUAUUUCUCAUAUGUGCAUCCGGGAGGAGCACUGAUGAGAUACUUGCUGAACUGAAGAGACGUUAUACAAACAGGCCAAUUGUUGAAUUCGAGAUUGCAGCUGAGGAGCAAAUGAAAAUUACAGAACUACGCCUUGCAAAGCUCUUUUCAAGUAAAGAAAGCAUCCCGUCCACAACUGAUAAAGAUUCUACCAUGUUUGCCAAAAAAGCAGAAGAAGAUCGUAUAAGCAUUAUUGGUGGGCAUGUGACUGCAGCUUCGGAGAGUCCAGUAGGAAAAUCAAUCCAAGCUCCGGCUAGAACCCGCCCGCCCAUUACCACUCACGUGUUGGACACUUCGCGAGGUGGUCCAGCUGCUGGUAUUGAUGUACUCUUAGAGGUGUGGAGAGAUGCUCAGUCUCGCCCAGAAUUCGGUGCCUCAGACAAUGGCGGUUGGGUGUUUCAAGGGUCAUCGAAGACGGACUCAGAUGGCCGCAGCGGUCAACUGAUGAGCAUAGUUGACAAUGUUACUCCUGGGAUAUACAGGAUAAGUUUCAACACAGGAAAGUAUAAUCCAAGAGGCUUCUUUCCAUAUGUAUCCAUUGUGUUUGAGAUCCAAGAGUCACAGAAGAGGGAACAUUUUCAUGUUCCUUUAUUGCUUUCCCCGUUUUCAUUCAGCACUUACCGUGGAAGCUAGAAAAGUAUAGGAAGGUUGACCAGUAAUUGCUGCUUACAUUUGUGGGUCAAUGCGUGUUUUAGGAACAUCUGUAAUACUCAAAAGUCAUGUAAAAUACUAAAAAUGUGUGUAAGUUCAAAUUCACAAUUAAUUUGGCUCAAGAAUCAAUCAUUCACAUAAAUAAUUCACAACUCAUUCACUUCUUAUCAUAAA